AUGGAGCUCGAUUUCGAUCAGCCAUCAGAUUGUACGCUGGAAUCUGCAACCAUUCAGUUGACCUUGGACGAAGAUGACCAGGGUCUGGAUCCAUAUCGUGUCGACAGCUUGCCUGCUUCAGAGUGUCCAGUUCUGAUUACCGACUACUAUGGACCUGGACAGAUUGUCGGCACUUCGAAGAGGAUUUUGAUCAGGAAAUUGCUCAAGAUCGAGCCGUCCGUCAACGUUGUCGGCAAUGGAGGCUCCUUGGGUGGCAUUACGACCGAAAAGGCGUUCGAGCAUGAGAGUCGAUGGACCUUUCGGAGCCACAGGGUUCCGGAAGACAGAAGUAGUCGGAAGAAAUGGGGACAUAGAAUUCUGAGAUGGGAGAUGACAGAAAACGACAUCGAGAAGUCAACUCACAGCAACAAGGUCUACACCGCCUUCGCAUACGAGCACAGUGGACAGCCGUUCUUGAUGAAGAUUGAGAUCUCGGGCAAAUUGAGGAAGCGGAGUGAUCGACUGAAAGCCAAUCUGGGCAAGAAAUUUGGACCCAGAGCCCGGAAGCAAGAGGACAUAUCUACCACACUGGUCGGUGCGUACCUCGGCCAUAGAAGACCACUGGAUGAGCUUGCCAGGGGCUUGGCCAGCGACAUGGAAAUGAAGAAUUACAUGUCGUCGCCGCUUGUGGUCCAUGAUGCGCAACCGGCUUCCUUCCAGCAAGUUACUUAUGACGCAACAUCUUCAACGAAUUCGGUCUUGGAACCCGCUGUCACGGGCACUGCAGAUCAGGCAAGCAUAGAAGAAAUGACACCUCAGCCUGGUUUGAGAUUGAACGGCCAGGUUCUCGACAUGUUGGAGGAUACGCCAAUAAGACCAUCGCAGGAUCGCACUCAGCCGACACUGGAGAACCUCGCUCGGGUUGGAGAGUAUUUCAGAACGCCAAUCAGACACGAGGUGAUCCGCGGGGACAUAUCUGAGGCAUCAGGUCACUCGUCAGCCACCACACUAGUGGCCACCCAGUCUGAGAUAUCACAGCCACAACGACAGCCGGAGGCAGCAACCGUGCCCGAGGGCCGGAAUAUGACGGCUGCGAUACCGAAGAAGGUUGACGAAGACGCUCUUGAAAGAGUUAUGGAGGUCGCAUUCUUGCGUCUACUGAUACAGUUUGUAAUUGGCUUUAUGGACCUUUUUGGAACCAGGAAGUCUCAGGCAACACAACAUGGGAGAAGUGAAAACAAGAAAAGAAAAGACCGUUCGAAACACAGGAAGAAGGAGCACGAGUCUACAAAAAGUUAA